GUUGUGGAAUCAUAAUAUAACCAGAUUGCUUGCCUUCUUCACCUCUCAAAUACUAUCUCAUAUAUAUAUAUAUUUUCAUUCACACUUCCCAUAAAUAUAUACAUUAUUAACUCAAAGAGUUAAUCAUGGCGGCUUAUGGAGCUCUGGUUUCUCUUAUGCAUAUCAUAGAUCGGCUUGAAAAACAUCCUUCCCCUCCAAUUUCUAUCCACAAACAGCAAGUUGAAUCUCUCACUCAAAAUGUUACCUUCUUGCAGGAUUUUCUUGAUGCUUAUAUUUCCCCAGUUGUGGAUGACCAUGAAGCAGAUCCAUUGGAGCGUCGCAUUGCUGAUGCAGUUUAUGCAGCUGAGGAUGUCAUUGAAUCCCAAAUUGUGCUUCAAAUUCAUAACCGAUCCACAAUUCGUGGGAAGAUGUCCAGUUUUAUCAACAGGUUUCGAGCUCGGUGCAAAUGCGAAACUAUUGAUAGAAAUGAAUUGGAGGUCGGUGUAAAUGCAGCUGAGGACUUCUAUCACGAUCUGCAACAAGUGAUAGAAGAAAUGAAUUCGAUCUCAACCGCAGCUGAUCAACUGCAGAGAAAGGUCUCCUCAACUCAUGCUGCCUCCUCUUCCACUGUUAUCAAGAAGGAUGUCAUGGAGAUUGUUGCCGCAGCUCAAUUGCCGAGAAAGGUCUCCUCAACUCAUGCUGCCUCCUCUUCCUAUGUGAAGGAAAGCAUGAUGGUGGGCUUCAAGGAGGUGUUACUUGAAGUGCUGGAUAAGCUCACCGGAGGCCAACGCAGUCGCCAAAUCAUCCCAAUCAUGGGGAUGGGCGGCAUUGGUAAGACCACUCUUGCCCGACAUCUAUUUGAGCAUGCGCUUGUUAAAGAGCAUUUUGAUAUUUGUUCUUGGACUACAAUUUCUCAAACUUAUAAUGUCAGAGAAACACUUAGAGAAGUUCUUUUCCAAGCAAGUGGGGAUUCGGGUAGUGAUCUGAGUGAGGUUGAAUUGGGAGAAAAAUUGUAUAAGUAUUUAUACGAUAGGAGGUAUCUCAUAAUUAUGGAUGAUAUGUGGAGUAUAGAGGUGUGGGACAAGAUCAGGUCUUCCUUUCCUGAUUGCAAUGAUGGGAGUCGAAUCAUUGUAACAACUAGGCUGUCAAACUUGACUUCGCAGUUGGGUGAGUCUUAUGGCGUUGGUAUGAAAUUUCUAGAUGAGGCUAGUAGUUGGGAUUUGUUCACCAACACUGUGUUUGGGGGAGAAAGUUUCCCUCAUGAGUUGGAGAACAUCGGAAAGAAUAUUGUAGCAAAUUGUAAAGGGCUUCCUUUAUCAAUUGCUACAAUUGGAGGUCUUUUGGCAAAAUCUGAGCGUACAAGAGAAUAUUGGGUGCGUAUAGAGCAAAAUUUAAAUUCAAUUUUGAUUACGAAUAAUGAUGAAUUUUGCUUGAAAAUAUUGCGAUUGAGCUAUACCUAUCUGCCCAACUAUUUGAAGCCAUGUUUUUUGUAUAUGGGUGUUUUUGAGGAAGAUCGUAGAAUUCGUGUCUCAAUGCUGAAGAAGCUAUGGGUUUCUGAAGGAUUUUUGAAACCCGUGAGUGGAAAAUGUUUGGAAACAAUAGCAGAUGAGUACUUGAAGGAGUUGGUAGAUAGAAAUCUGAUUUUAGUUGAUAAGUUGGGGGAGUUUAGUGGAAAUAUAAAGUUUUGUAAGAUUCAUGAUUUGUUGAGAGACUUAUGCUUGAAAGAAGUUGAAAAAGAGAGGUUUUAUGAUAUCAUAGAAAAGUCUCCUUCAGUCAUAGACAAUGAACGCCGUCGGGUUGUUUUUCAAAAUGUUGGAAGAGGGGUAAUAAGUGAAGUCUCGAGAUCUUUGUCACAUGUUCGUUCUAUAAUAUGUGAUGGGAAUAGCUUUGUAAGGCCUCACAAUUUCAGAUUGUUGAGAACAUUCAAAGCAUAUGAUAGAGAUAGUCAUCCAUUUGGAGGUGGCAGUGUUCAUUUCCUAGGCGAUGUCUUUCAAUUGGUGAACUCACGGCACCUUGCUGUUGCACUUCAUAGGAAGUCAAAAUUCCCGUCUUCAAUCAAUUUGCUUUGGAAUCUAUCUACGUUAAUAGUUCAGCAGGCUACAUUGCAUGAGUCUUGGGAUAUGAUAAGAUGUAGUAUUGUUCUUCGUUGGCAUAAUAUCACUGCACCGAUUGAGAUUUGGAAAUUGCAUCAACUUAGGCAUCUCGAGUUUGUAACAGAUGAAUUGAUUCUACCAGAUCCUCCGAGUGAGAUGGUUAUCAUGGAGAAUCUACAAACGCUCAAAGGAGUAAUGAAUUUGUAUUUGAAUGAGGAUGUGGUUCAAAGAAUUCCCAAUCUCAAGAAAUUGCAUCUAAUUUACAAUUCCAAAGAAAUGGAGGGUCGUCUCAUCAAGAGCUUGAGUGAAUUGAAACAAAUGGAGAGAGCCAACUGUUUCAGCUAUCUUGAGUGUCUGAGUAAAUUGGAAAACUUGAACUGCCACUUCUCUUUAGAUUAUGGAUAUGAUGAGUAUUUGCAGAGGAUUAGUUUCCCACACUCCCUCAAGAAGUUGAACUUAUCUCUCAAUGAUGAUACGGAGUUGGAAGAGAUAUUGGAAAAGAUAGGGUGGUUGCCCCUUCUUCACAAGUUAGUAUUACAAAAUGGUUUCUUCAAAACAGGCAAGUGGGACACUAUUGAGGGCCAAUUCCGGAGCCUCAAGCUACUAAAAUUAUAUAGGUGUAAAGGUCUAAAAAAUUGGACGAUGGCCGAGAGCUCCCACUUUCCACUUCUCCAGGAGCUUCGUCUUCAAGAUUUGGAAGAAUUGGAGGAGAUCCCUUCAGAAGUUGGAGAAAUAGCAACGCUGAAAUCAAUUUAUUUGGAAGCUUGCAGUGCAUCAGCGGUAGAGUCAGCUAAAAAGAUAGUAGAAGAACAAGAGGAUUUACAAGGAGACCAACUAGACCUUCAUGUUCGAGCUGUGGUUCCAAAACGACACGUAAGACUGCAGAGCUUAGCAAGUCCCAACUUUGAAGUUACAGUGAGAGGUUAAUUAUUAGAAUCAUCCAAGAUUGUUAGUUACAAGUUCAGACCUUUUGUUUCGUAAGCUUAUAAAUAACCGAUUUAUUAUUUUCUCCA